AUGGCUGAUGGGUGUGAUGUUUAUAUCAAGCUAGGGGUUACGCUCACUUUCAUACCACUUAAAGUGCACUGCCAGAAAAACGUGGAUACUGACAAGAGAAAAUCGCUGGAGCACCAAGGGGCGACCGCUGUUCUGUUCGGCAAGGAAUAUUUGGAUGCUGAGGUGGAAGCUCGGAGGGUUGCAAAUCAAACUGACGUUGAGUACAUGUCUUCCUACAACGAUUACGAUAUUAUUGCAGGACAAGGAACAAUAAGCGUUGAAAUUUUAAAACAACUAUCGGAAGUUGAUGCCAUAUUAGUAUCAGUUGGGGGAGGAGGAUCGAUAAGUGGAAUAGCAAGAUAUACAAAGCAAAUGAAACCAUCUGUCAAGAUAAUUGGCUGCUCACCAGAGAAAUCUAAAGUGAUGCACGAAAGCAUGAAAGCUAAGAAAUUGAUAUUCGAGGAAUCGUUCGAUACCUUGUCGGACGGAACGGCAGGUGCUAUAGAGGAGAAUGCUGUGACGUUCGAGCUGUGCAGGCAUUACGUGAACGAGUGGAUACUAGUCACAGAGGAACAGAUAGGAAAGGCCAUUGUCUUCAUGGUGCAGAAUCACCACAAGACACGGCAAGAUAUCUAGAUACAUAUUGUUGAGGGGGCCGCUGGCGUAUCCCUGGGAGCUUAUAUGUUCAACCCUGAAAGGUUUAAAGGUCUAAAGGUGGUGAUAUUAUCUUGUGGGGCAAAUAUCAGUACAGCGACACUACAGGACCUCUUAAAUAAAUAUGCAUAG